CUCAAGCCGGCUUCGGACGACAGGCGCGCUAGGGCUUUUUUUUUUUCUCUCCCGACAAGAUUCCGGUGUUUCUGAUAUUCUCGCUCUUGUGGAUCCGUACACGGCAAGCUCGACUCCCCUCAAUGCCUUCAACUCGGAGAAAUCCGAGCAUAGAGGAGUAAAUUCCGGCUUUGUUCUGAGUUCGGCUUGCAACUUCAACUGUGCUCGAGUUUUGAUUGGGUCAGAAAUGUUUCGUUCAAUUGGGAUUUUUCAGAAGAGCCGUGCGAUCGAUUCGAACAACUAAAAGUUGUCCAAGAGUGAUCUGAGAAUCUAAGUCAAAUUUCUGCCUUACCUGUGGCUGGUGGUAGAUAUUGUACAUCUUCUAAUCCAUGCAUCUAGAAGUGAAAUGAGGUGCAAUGCUUGUUGGCGAGAAUUGGAAGGGCAAGCUGUAUCAACCACCUGUGGCCAUCUCUUCUGCACUGAAGACGCAAACAAGAUAAUCAGCAAUGAUGCCGCCUGUCCUGUAUGUGAUCAAGUGCUCUCCAAAAGCCUUAUGAGACAAGUGGAUAUAAAUCCUGGCGAUGAAUGGAUAAAUAUGGUAAUGGCUGGAGUUUCUCCACAAGUACUUAUGAAGAGUGCAUAUAGGAGUGUAAUGUUUUACAAUGGACAAAAGGAACUAGAGAUGCAGUACAAAAUGAACAAGAUUAUUGGUCAGUGUCGUCAGAAAUGUGAGGCCCUGCAUGAAAAGUUCACUGAGAAACUAGAGCAAGUUCAUACUGCAUACCAAAAGAUGGCCAAAAAGUGCCAGAUGAUGGAAAAAGAGAUUGAAAGCUUAUCAAAAGAUAAGCAAGAACUACAAGAAAAAUACGCUGAAAAAUCUAGGCAGAAAAGAAAACUUGAUGAGAUGUAUGACAAGUUGAGGAGUGAGUAUGAGUCAGUGAAGCGUUCAUCAGUCCAACCAGCAAACUUCUUUUCUAGAGCUGAGCCAGACUUAUUUUCAAGCAUGGCUAACAUGAUGGAUGGUAGAGCUACCGUUGGACAAGAUCGAUCGGUUUUCACUCCUGAAACUCCAGGUCAGAGAGAGGAAAUAUGGCCCUCAACCAGACAGAAGAACUCCAGCUCCAGUGCCUUUGAUCUUUCAGGAGGCUCACCAGCAAAAACAGCACCAGGUCCUGUGGAUACUGGAACUAGAAGGCAGACAGGGUCUCUCUUUGGAGCUGGUGUGAGGAAUCCUACAGCAACUCUUCGGAAUCUCAUAAUCUCACCCAUGAAGAGACCCCAAUUAUCACGCAACCACCCUCAUAUAUUCACGUAAAGCUCACUCUCCUUGACGUAUCUUGGGUUGUUGGGAUGAUAUUUGAGUAAAUAAAUGCCACAUGUUGCAUGAAGUAAAACUAUAACUCAUGAGACUGACCUGUUUUAGUAGGCAUGUUUUCUGUUAACUUUAUCCUUGUUAAGCCUGUUAGAUGAGAAAUUGG